CCUUAUAUGAAUUCGCCUUGUGCAAAAUUAUAACUAGUUGUAAUCUAAAUAUAAAUUAAAUAUUAAUGUUCUUUUUCAAGAAAUUUUUUAGUUCUUUUUCGAAGAACAUCAAGGAUAACUGUACGCAUGGACGUCUAGAAGAAGAUGCAAUCCCUGUAGAACAUGCAAGUUCAAAUCUUGUUCUUACUCCACAAACACAAAUAAGUAACUCCGACUAUUCGGAAGUUAGAGUCCCCGAAAGUAAUGCAAUGAACGUAAACAAUGUUAAUCAACAGGUUGUAGUACAAUUUUCAAACAUUAAUGGCCUACAGAUAGGGUCCACCUAUAAUAUAAACAAAACUAAUAUCUGUAAGCCGGAGGAUAAAUGCGAAAAUGCGAAAUUAAAAAAAAACGAAAGAUGUAAAUAUCCAAAAACAAUUACCAUUGAUGCCAUGAUGAAAUCUCAAGAUGAACCAUGCAGAGAAAUGUUAAAUGAGAUAGCAACCCACUUAGGAAGUGAUUAUAAACAAUUUAUGCGAGAUUUAGGUUUUUCUGAAGGUCAAAUAUCAGCAAAAACUAUUGAUAAUAAUGUGUAUGGAGUAAAAGAGAUUAUUUAUCAGCUUUUGUUGGAUUGGUUACGUAAUUCUGAUGGGGAAGGGACUGUGGGAUUUCUUAUUACAAAACUAUGGAAUUCAGGCCACCGAGAAUGCGUUUAUCGACUUAAAUCAACAUGGAAAUCUAAAGGCCUUGCUAAAACGAAUGAUGGAAAUGAUUACACUGUGAUACAAUAGUGAACAAACCAAUUUUUGCAAGGGUCCUUAUAUUUUGUUACAUUACGAACAAAUAGCACAUUUACUGGCAUAAUAUAAAAUUUGGGGUUUUAAAACUGAGGGCUACAAAACAUGAGACCUACUUAAGUCUUUCAUAUAGAUUUAUUACAUUUUAAUUAAUUUAAUUAAUUAACUGUGAAAUCGUUUUUUUUUUUUUUUUUUUUAAACGCAAAAGCUAAAAAUCAUGCUUUCACGAAUAUUAAAUAUAUAACAAUACAUUUUGGAUUAUGCUAGUCUUGUAGUAAAAAGCGAUAUCGUCACCUAAAAUGCAAAAGACCGUAACAAGCAAAAAUAAAUCGUUUUUGAUUGAAAAUGAUUACUACCUCAAAAGACAUGUUUGUCGCAAUUUUUUGAACUCUAUUGGCAAAAAACUGGUUUUGUUAACAUGAAAUUCAUAAGGACGUAACAACAAAUUAGUCAUUUCCUUUCGGCAGAAAUUCCCUAAAAGGACAAUGUUUGGCGGGGCACUUACGCUCCAACGUGUUCAUUGGUGUAAGGAUGUAAUACGUGUAAAAAAAAUAAUUUUUAUAUUUACGGGGGGUGUGAUGUACUUCGCAUUAAAUCAAAACGCGAGAAGUUGUCAUGUGGUUCUUGUUUUUUUAUAACAACAAUUCUGUGGUAAAAUCGCUCGUUUUGGUUUUAUGCGAAGUACAUCACAACCACCUACAAUAGUUUUAAUUUUAUUUUGUUUUUUGUCUUUCAUGUUAAUAAUCUUAUGACAUCCUUUUGCUUUUGAGGUGACGAUAUGUAAUAUUAGUUUGUACUGAUCACUUUGAUAAAUGCAAAUAAAAUAAAAAACAAUAUUCUUAAAGUGACAUCUUUAAAGAUUGAUGGUAAAAGAAAAAUUUACUUACAUUAAUUUGUUCUUUAAGUGACAUCUUUAAAGAUUGAUGGUAAAAGAAAAAUUUACUUACAUUAAUUUGUUUAUGUAUUGUAUUUUUAAUAAAAUUAUUUUUUACUUUAUUUGAUUAGCUGUAUGUAGGAAUAAAUGUUCUUUUGAAGGAUUCAA